AUGUACGCAGGAUUCUCGCUUCAUAUCAUUCCGUCUAUCUUCUGUGCCUAUAAGAAAGAGAAGAAGAAGAAGAAGAAGAAGAAAAAAAAGGAAGAAAGAAGAAAAAGAAGAAAAGAAGAAAAAAAGAAGAAAAAGACAGCAAACAAGAAAAAGAAGAAACGCCAAGGUCCUAGAAUAUUUCCUAACUCUUCUACAAGUGUCCCAAGCUGUAACUAUAAGACCCAGAAACGCAACGAAACGCAAAGCCAAGAAAAGAAAAGAAAAGAAAAAGAAAAAAACGAAAAGAAAAAAAAGACAAGACACGAAAAGAAAAGCAAGAAGAAAGGACCAGAAACGAAAAAAAAGACAAGCAACGAAAAUGAUCUAAUCUAUACAAAAAAACAAAAAAGAAAAUGA